CCAUGCUCCCGGAAGUUGCGACACUACGCCCUGCGCCAGUCCCGGGCGCAAGGUUUCAUAUCCGGAUUCUUAGCGCGGACUCAGAACCCCGCUCUUCCCUACGCGGUCAGCACAUGCGCGGCAGCUCUUUUCCUUCUUCUUCCACUUCCACUACCUUCCACCGUCCGGGAGCCGCCGCCACCGCCGCCGAGGAGUCAGGAAGUUCAAGAUGGCCGCCGCGGAGACCCAGUCGCUGCGGGAGCAGACAGAUUGAGGAAACUGAGGCACAGAAGAGCAACUUGCCUAAGGUUACAAUAGCUUUGUCAUGUUGGAGGCAGCAUUUAAACCAGGAUGGAAGAUGCUAAUUCUGAAAAGAGUGUAAACGAAGAAAAUGGAGAAGUAUCAGAAGACCAGUCUCAAAAUAAGCACAGUCGUCACAAAAAAAAGAAGCAUAAACACAGAAGUAAACAUAAGAAACAUAAACAUUCCUCAGAAGAAGACAAGGAUAAAAAACAUAAACAUAAGCAUAAACACAAGAAACACAAAAGAAAAGAGGUUAUCGAUGCUUCUGAUAAAGAGGGUAUGUCUCCAGCAAAAAGAACUAAACUUGAUGAUUUAGCUUUGCUAGAAGACUUGGAAAAACAGAGAGCCUUGAUUAAGGCCGAACUUGAUAAUGAGUUAAUGGAAGGAAAGGUCCAAUCUGGUAUGGGGCUCAUUUUGCAAGGUUAUGAGUCUGGCUCUGAAGAAGAGGGGGAGAUUCAUGAGAAGGCAAGAAAUGGAAAUAGGUCUAGUACUAGAUCUUCAAGUACAAAGGGGAAACUUGAACUUGUGGACAAUAAAAAUACUACAAAAAAACGAAGUAAAAGCAGAUCCAAAGAACGGACUAGACAUAGGUCUGAUAAAAAGAAAAGUAAGGGGGGUAUUGAAAUUGUUAAAGAGAAAACAACUAGGAGCAAGUCAAAGGAGAGAAAAAAAUCUAAAAGCCCAUCCAAAAGAAGUAAGUCUCAAGAUCAAGCAAGGAAAUCAAAAUCCCCUAUCCUUAGAAGGCGAUCUCAAGAGAAAAUUGGUAAGGCCAGAUCUCCUACUGAUGAUAAGGUUAAAAUUGAAGAUAAAAGUAAAUCAAAAGAUAGGAAAAAAUCCCCAAUUGUAAAUGAAGGUAGAAGUCGCGAUCGAUGUAAAAAAUCCAGAUCCCCAAUUGAUUUAAGAGGUAAAUCCAAAGAUGGAAGGUCACGGUCCAAAGAGAGAAAAUCAAAACGGUCUGAAACUGAUAAAGAAAAGAAGCCAAUUAAAUCUCCCUCUAAAGAUGCUUCAUCUGGGAAGGAAAAUAGGUCACCCAGUAGAAGACCUGGUCGUAGUCCUAAAAGAAGAAGUUUGUCUCCAAAACCACGUGAUAAAUCAAGAAGAAGCAGGUCUCCACUUUUAAAUGAUAGAAGAUCGAAGCAGAGCAAAUCUCCCUCUCGAACACUGUCUCCUGGUAGAAGAGCCAAGAGCCGAUCCUUAGAAAGAAAACGAAGAGAACCAGAGAGAAGACGACUUUCUUCUCCCAGAACACGACCUCGAGAUGAUAUCCUCAGUAGACGUGAAAGAUCAAAAGAUGCCAGCCCCAUCAAUAGAUGGUCUCCAACCCGAAGAAGAAGUAGAUCUCCCAUUAGAAGGAGGUCUCGUUCCCCACUCAGACGUAGCAGGUCUCCAAGAAGAAGAAGCAGGUCUCCUCGGAGAAGGGACAGAGGUCGGAGGAGCAGAUCACGCUUGAGAAGGCGGUCUCGAUCACGGGGUGGUCGUAGACGAAGGAGCAGAAGCAAAGUAAAGGAAGAUAAAUUUAAAGGAAGUCUUUCUGAAGGAAUGAAAGUUGAGCAGGAAUCUUCGUCUGAUGAUAACCUUGAAGACUUUGAUGUAGAGGAAGAAGAUGAAGAAGCCCUGAUAGAACAGAGAAGAAUCCAAAGGCAGGCAAUUGUUCAGAAAUAUAAAUACCUUGCUGAAGAUAGCAAUAUGUCUGUGCCAUCUGAACCAAGCAGCCCCCAGAGCAGUACGAGAACACGAUCACCAUCUCCAGAUGACAUUCUGGAGCGAGUAGCUGCUGAUGUUAAAGAGUAUGAACGGGAAAACGUUGAUACAUUUGAGGCCUCAGUGAAAGCCAAGCAUAAUCUAAUGACAGUUGAACAGAAUAAUGGUUCAUCUCAGAAGAAGUUGUUGGCACCUGAUAUGUUUACAGAAUCUGAUGAUAUGUUUGCUGCGUAUUUUGAUAGUGCUCGUCUUCGGGCCGCUGGCAUUGGAAAAGAUUUCAAAGAGAAUCCCAACCUCAGAGAUAACUGGACCGAUGCAGAAGGCUAUUAUCGUGUGAACAUAGGUGAAGUCCUAGAUAAACGUUACAAUGUGUAUGGCUACACUGGGCAAGGUGUAUUCAGUAAUGUUGUACGAGCCAGAGAUAAUGCAAGAGCCAACCAAGAAGUGGCUGUAAAGAUCAUCAGAAACAAUGAGCUCAUGCAAAAGACUGGUUUAAAAGAACUAGAGUUCUUGAAAAAACUUAAUGAUGCUGAUCCUGAUGACAAAUUUCAUUGUCUGCGACUCUUCAGGCACUUCUAUCACAAACAGCAUCUUUGUCUCGUAUUCGAGCCUCUAAGUAUGAACUUACGAGAGGUGUUAAAAAAAUAUGGUAAAGAUGUUGGUCUUCAUAUUAAAGCUGUAAGAUCCUAUAGUCAGCAGUUGUUCCUGGCAUUGAAACUCCUUAAAAGAUGCAAUAUCCUACAUGCAGAUAUCAAGCCAGACAAUAUCCUGGUUAAUGAAUCAAAAACUAUUUUAAAGCUUUGCGAUUUUGGGUCGGCUUCACAUGUUGCGGAUAAUGACAUAACACCUUAUCUUGUCAGUAGAUUUUAUCGUGCUCCUGAAAUCAUUAUAGGUAAAAGCUAUGACUAUGGCAUAGAUAUGUGGUCUGUAGGUUGCACCUUAUACGAACUCUAUACUGGAAAAAUUUUAUUUCCUGGCAAAACCAAUAACCAUAUGCUGAAGCUUGCGAUGGAUCUCAAAGGAAAGAUGCCAAAUAAGAUGAUUCGAAAAGGUGUGUUCAAAGAUCAGCAUUUUGAUCAAAAUCUCAACUUCAUGUACAUAGAAGUUGACAAAGUAACAGAGAGGGAGAAAGUUACUGUUAUGAGCACCAUUAAUCCAACUAAGGACCUGUUGGCUGACUUGAUUGGGUGCCAGAGACUUCCUGAAGACCAACGUAAGAAAGUACACCAGCUAAAGGACUUGUUGGACCAGAUUCUGAUGUUGGACCCAGCUAAACGAAUUAGCAUCAACCAGGCCCUACAGCAUGCCUUCAUCCAGGAAAAAAUUUAAACAAGAUGAAGAAACUCCAAGGGUUUGAGUAAAUACAAAGACUGAAGAAAUUUCACAGCAGUUUAUUAAUGUAUAUAAACUUAUAAAUAUUUCUCCAGCAAAUUUGAGGAAGCAUGAUAUAUUUGAAUUAACACCAAGGGUGAUAUUUCUUUUAGAAAUGUUAGUUAAUCUGUUUUGUGUCUUACGUGAAAUUUCACUGUAGAACUGUUUUAAAUUGCCAAGACUGCACAAAAUUACAGUGCUAAUGUAUAUGGUUGCAGUUCACAUAAAGACAAAAGCAUCUGUUAUAAAAUGAGUAGUAAUAUUGGGUGGUUGAUUUGUUUUUAGCAGACUUGGCUUCAUAUUGGUCUUGAGAUAAAAUGGCCAGCAUAAAUGCUGUUUAUAUUCACGUUUUCCUAGGUAUGUGUGUGCAGGCCACAGCAGCAUGCCCUUGGUGUAGUCAGUGCCGAAAGGGGUCUGUUCCUUCUUGAGCCUGCCUGCAGGGAUGGUCUCCUUUUAAAGCAGGUUGUGUGCAGCAUUCAGUACACUGAAGGUAAGCUAAACCAUCAACAUCUCUGGUGUUUUAAGAUGUUAUUUUAUUGGAACAACUGACAAAUGAGGGAUGUUAGCUUUGUGGCAGAAUUCCCUGCAUGUGUGAUAACUGAUCUUGUUUUAUUUUUUGGCAUUGCAACUGUGGCAUAGUUACAAUUUCUGUUUGUUCAUCACAUUUAAAAUUGGAAGAGAACGCGCUUGAUGGAUAGAGCGCCUUCAGUGUACUGUUUCUUAUUAACUUUACUUUUUUAAAAUCAACUUGCUAUAGACUUUAUAUACAUUUUGUUAAAUAUAGUUCCUAGUGACAUAGAAACAAUGCGUAGUUCUCAUUUACUAAUUACAGAUGUUGAGGCCUAAUUCUGAAAGUCCUCAUAUUUAAAGGCUAGAUAGACAACGUAAUGAAAUUUUUAACUAUUUGUAUGUCAUUUUGAAAGUGUACUGCUUUACGGUAAAAGUGUUUUUCAUGUGUUCAUUGUUUUCAUUAUUUGUGAUCAUGUUGUCUUUCAAUACAGGCAUAAACCUUCCACUCUUGAACAAAGCAGCUGCUUUUUAAAAGCGGUAAUUGCUUCUUUACCUUUUAUUUCUUUUGUAAAUGAAGCUUUUCUUUAAGAAUGUGACUUUAAAGUGUUGUCUAUUGCAUAAAACAGUUGACACUCACUUAUUGUAAAGUGAAGAUUGUUCUACUGCAUGUGAAGUGGGCCAUGCAGAUUUCUGUAUGUUCUCAGUAUGCAUCACUAGAUAAUAAAGUCUUUUGUGAACAAGGCAUUUGUAGCCAUUUUUAAAAGUUUUUGUCUUCAGUGCUGGUAAGUCAGGUAAACCAUAAAUAGUUAUUAAAAGCAACCUUUUGUUUUUUUCCUGAAAGUUUUUAAUUGAAAGUAUUAUUAGUUAAAGAUGUAAACCUAGCCAAAAUUAUCAGUUUAUUAAUAAUUAGGAUCCUAAUUAUUUCAAAAAAUCCUACAAAUAUUGUCAGCUUUCAGUGUAGUGAGAUUAUUCCUGUAGGUUAUGGGGUAUAAUUCAGGAUUUAACUAAUGUUUCUGCUAUUUUCUCACUUUUCCUUUUGAUGGUGCGGAAAGAGAAAAAGGAAAACGGGGCACAGGCCAUUCAACGCCUUCUCCAAGGGGUCUGAUUUGCUGAGACACCAGCUUCACCUUCUUAACAAGGCACCUAAUUACAACAAGCAUGCACAUUUUGGUGCAUUCAAGAAUGGAAAAUCAGAAUAGCAGCAUUCUUCUGGUGGGUUUUGCUCCAUUUAAAGACAUGAAAUGAACUACAGCCAGGAAGGUGAUAGAUGAUAUAAUAAGCCACCUCUGAACCUACACCCCGUCUCUUCACGGUUUAGACUUACUAAAAUAAAUGCAAGGUGAUUUUCAUCUUCAGGUAGAGUGAAGCCUUUUAAAUAAGGCGUCACAGGUGCAGCUAUUCUACCUUAAUGAAACGGGUAGUGAUUUUCCCACCAUUAUUUAUUUUGGUGAUAAUAUGCUGCAUAUUCAAGUCUUUUGUAGUUAUUUUCACCCAAAGUAGUUGACAAUUUGAUGCUUCUGGUGAUGUUUAUGGCUUCAUUUUAUAUAAUUUUUUAAGUAAGUUCCACUAGAAACAGUUCAUCUUAUACCUUCAAAACUAUUACCUGUUCUUUAAAAACGAAGUUGCUUGUUACUUGUUCUUUGUGUUUUAGGUGCAGCUCAGUGGAAGAUGAUGACAACCAGAAGACAUGAGCUAAGGUUUCUGUCCUAUAAAAGAUUUAUUAAAAAACAAUCCUUCAUUUAGUUUUUGUCUAAUUUUUUAGUUUUCAGCAUUAUGAUUUGGGUUUUAUUGGUGUUUGGUAUUUAGAAUAGUAGUGCUAUUGUGGUGUUCAUCUGUAAAGUGCUUGUUUUAUCAUACUUCCUGCCUCUCCCCCUCCCCCAGUUUCUUCUUCCCUAAAAUAAAAAUAGUGGUCAAUUUUAGUAAUGUAAAAGGCUCUUGGAUGCUGAGAUUCCACAUUAACACAUGGUUGUCAAAAUUGGAUCUUAAGGAUCUUAGAAAAACAGCAACCACCAGAAUAGCAUAUAUCUAAAAGUAGUCUUCAGCUUUAGGCAGAUGCAAAAGAAUAGAAACUGGAAUAUUAAGAAUACUGUUCAACUCCUUUAGUAUCUAUUCCCCAACUUACCCUUUAGGAACCUCAUUAUUAACCAGUGUUCCAGUCUUAAAGUAGACAAAAUACUCAGAGCCAUUGGUUUUAUUUAUUUUUUUUUUUUAAGGGAAAUGAAGAUGAUACUGUGGGUUUUUUAUGCCCCAAUGUAGCAUAUCUAGACUACCUAUUUGAAAGGAACCCUAUAAACUGUCUUAUGUUCGUAUACAUGAUUUUCUUACACUCUGUAAUUUGGCUGAGGUGCAAUUUGGAACUUUGCAAGACCUACUAGAUUGAAUUUCUUUAGUGAAUGCUCCUUAAUAAAUUUGCAUUCAUCUUUUAGAGUAGCUGUAUAGUUUUCAAAUGCUAUCUGCCAUGAAGUUUUUGCUUUUAUUAUACUUUAUGGCAUAGUUUUCAAAUGCUAUCUGCCAUAAAGUUUUUGCCAUAUUAUACUUUAUGGCAAACAUGGUAUCAAGUGAUUGUCAGAUUUGAGGACUCAUAAAAGUCUUAGGUAUGGACUACUAUUCAAAGAUGUUACAGUUUUUUCUAGGGUUGGGAGAAUAGUUGAGAUCUAGAAAGCAUAGACAUUUUUUACACUCUGGAUAGACUUUAUUCUUGAAGGUCAUCGGAAAUGAGGUUGGAAUUUCGAGGUUUUGAGCAGGGGGAGCAUCUUAUAUUCACCCUUAAAUUGUUAUUAAUGCAUCCCGUUUUCUUCAUUCCCCAAUAGCUAUCUCAUUUCACUGUCUCAAAAUUUUGUUUUAAAAUAAUAGAAAUGUUUUGCCAUUAUUAAGUACCACUUUAUUCCUAACAAAAAUAAGUACUCAGGACUUUUUUUCAAUAUGAAAUAUUUAUGUAAUGUUUUAUGGUAUGUGGUAGAGGAAGUGAAAUGUAAUGUUCUCAGUUUUGUUCCAUAUUUUCAUUCCUUUUAUGCUUUACCUGUAUUUUAUCAUUUGUAAGCAGAACUCUAGCUAUAUGGAUAGAAAUGAAAUCUCUGAGAUGAAACAAAGGAAUCACACAUGAUAAAAUUUAGGCAAAUUAGUUAAGAAAUGGCCCUUUUGAAUGUUGAAGAUAGGAAAGCAGCCAUAUAUUCAAAUGUAAUUUUCCUCCUUUAGUUAUAAUGACAUCUUUUCCAAUUGGGCUUCAUAAAUGUGUUUCUUUCUUAAUAGUAUCCUAUUUCCAGCAUAUAUUCAACAUGAAUUUUAUCAUUUUCCUCCUAAUGGAAUGUCUUCCUUAUAGAAAUGUUCAUGACAAAUUCAUUUGUUUUUUACAUGUCAAUAAUGUAUGCUAAAUUAAAAUGUUUUCCAGUUAUUCUGAUAGAUGUCAUUAUGGCAUCCUUAAUUUUUCUUCUCCUUCUGUAUAUAGGGGAAGGGACUGUUCUGAAGAACCUUUCCAUUUAGUGAUCAAGAUAUGGAAGCUGAUUUCUGAAAAUGCUCAGUGUAUAUUCUAAUUAUUUGUGGUACCAUUUGAACUGUAACUUGCAUUUUAGCAGCGCAUGUUUCUAAUUGACUUACUGGGAAACUGAAUAAAAUAUGCCCCUUAUUAUCA